AUGCCUAGAGAAGGUCCAUCACUAGAACAAAUUAGUGGUAAUGAUGAAUUGGAUUCCCAACAAAUAAUCGCUUCUAUAGGCGAAUUGGAUGAAUCGACGCAAUAUUGGAUUGGAGAAGCUCAGAACUCUUUCGACAGCUCUAAGCAAACAAUCUCGUCUGACAAGGGGCCGGUAAACUGGCGCAAGUGGUUGCCAGACUAUGCUUCUCCAUUGUCUCCUUCAAUUACCUCCCAGGAUUGCAAUGUACUCAAAGAAGAGGGUGCUCUGAGUGUUUCUGAACCAAUUAUCAGAGACGAGAUAUUGCACAACUUCAUUCAAUUUGUCUAUCCAGCCUCACCAAUUUUGAACUUGGAAGACUUUCUGAUGGUAAUUGAUCAAAGUUACAGUGGAACUCGGGGUAUCAGUUUUCUGUUAUUUCAAGCAGUGAUGUUUGCUGCGACAGGGUUUCAAACAACAAAGUCCCUGGCUAUCGAGGGAUUUAAGGAUAGGAAAGAAGCCCGGCGAACUCGGUUCAAACGAGUCAAUCUCCUGUAUGAAUUUGGAUGCGAAGACGACCGCCUGACCACGUUGCAAAGUGUACUUCUGAUGACAUACUGGGACGAGAACUCGGAUCCGACUUAUGACGCAUGGCAUUUUGUCGGUGUCGCAAAAGCAAUCUGGACUUCAAUCAAGACAAAUCCAACAGAAUCCGAAAAACUAUUUAUUCAACAACAGCCAGGGCUUUGGAAUCGAAUUUCUUGGUCAUGCUAUAUCAGAGAUCGAUUGGUCUGUAUCCAGACAAGACGUUUAUUUCAAAUAAAUGAUAUCGAGCUUAUUGACCAUGUUCUGGGGCCGUCAGACUUUGAAAUAGGUCCCUUGUCAACCAAGUGUUGUCUUGGAAGUGAUGGAAAUCACCCUGCAAUUCGAGACCCUUCUAUGCGAAAGAUCAUCUCUCAGAUCAGCAUCGCGAUAUUAGAAUGUUGCAAAUGCAUUACGAGGAUUAUUAAUUCGCAAUACACCGUUUCUCUGGAACAGACGACAUCGACAGGAAGACCCAAGGAAACUCUGGUUCCUCGAAGUCCAGGUGCAAAUAGCGCCGAGAUCCUAUUCCGCGACAGCGAGUUAGAAGAAUGGGUUGAAACGCUGCCAGACGCAUUAAAAUGGUGUUCGUCGGAGCCCCAACGUCGCAUCAAUAAGCACGGAGAUGUUGUACUACAUUUUCGCGCAAUGUUAAAUGACAUCUAUAAUCUUGCAUGCAGUGCAUUGCACCGACCGCAAUUCACUUCCAUGGCGCCUCAGCUGCCGGAGCUGGAAGAAUUAUCACGACGACGAGUCUCCAACGCGGCAGCCGCAAUUACUCAGACAUGCAGUUAUUUUCGCUCUCAGGCUCUCAUCCGCCUGUUUUCAGACGUUCAAGUCGCGAUGCUCGAAACAGCGAUUGUUCAAUAUCUGAGUGAUCUCCAAUCUACCGAUUCAUCAGCUCGUCAAUUAGCGAUUACAAACUUUCAGACUUGCUCGCAAACGCUCCAACAGCUCAAAGAUACGUACCCAUCCGCAGAUAGAGCUUUGGCCUUUGUGGAUGCCGCUGUACAGAAGAGAGACACCCCAUUACCAAGAGAAGACCUUUACUAUUCUCAUUCUAAGAGCUGGGAAGGACUGCAGCGACAAAAUACUGCCACCAGCCGGUUCGAAGCCAGAAUUCCGGUAUCUGUCUCGUCACAAAAUAUCGGACAGCAACUGGACAACCUCGAACUGCCUGAGUUGAACAAGCUGAUAUACUCACAUUUCAUGAUGACCCCAUCGGAAAAGCGGUUCCUACAAGAUCUCGCACCUACUGAAUCUAGUGUCUCAGAUGGCAGUUCAGUUUUCGAUGAGGACCCUCACGACUCAGCCUCUCCAGAGUCACCAGCAUCAUAUCAGUCCCCAACCUCGCACAUUCAAUAUCAAAAAUCCGGAGAGAGAGCUACUGAAACAACGACGUCGCAUCAUUCAGUGGGGACUUAUGAAUUUUUAGAUUUGGGCGAAGAGUUGAGCUUUUUUAAUUCGGUUCCAUUUUCGUCUACGUUUAACUCCGGCUGCAGUUGA